AAGGAGUUGCCGAUUCCUUUCCUCAGGAAGCAUCAUGUCUGCUGUCCUCAAAUCGGUGGAUUACGAAGUGUUCGGCCACGUGCAGGGUGUGUGUUUCAGAAUGUACGCAGAGGAAAAAGCUAGGAGAGUGGGAGUAGUUGGCUGGGUUAGAAAUUCAAGACAAGGGACAGUUACUGGCCAAGUUCAGGGACCAGAAGACAAAGUAAAUGAGAUGAAGGACUGGCUUUCCAGUGUGGGAAGUCCCAGUGCUCGCAUCGAACGGGCCGACUUUACUAAUGAGAAGGAGAUCUCAAAGCUGGACUUCAAUGGAUUUACCACUAGAUACCAGUGAAAAA